UCUUUGAUUAAAACAACCAAACAAACGUGAGAUGUGGCUUGUUCGCUUCCUGGAUGUGUAGGGAGGAAGACCUUGUAAAAAUAAAAUGAGACUUAAAUUGGGAUUUAUAUUCAGGAGUUUCCUUGUCAUUCUGACGUUUUUUGUGUUAGUGCUGUUGUGGUCUUCUCUGACGAACAAACUCAACGACGAGAACCGGUUUGAGGCGCAGGAUGAUGGUUUGCUGAACAAAGGGGCCCAAGAUAAGUUUAAGCCAGUUUUACCUUGGCCUCAUGUGGAAGGUGUGGAAGUGGACCUCAACUCCAUCAGACUGAAACAUGGAGAGGGCAAUCACGACCCCAAACAUCAGGUGAACCAGAAUCAGGUGAUCCAGCAGCAGUAUGUAACAUUCCGGCCCAACUCGCACAAUUACAAUGCCCCGAUCCUCAAAAAAGGUGUUUUGGGAAACUUUGAACCCAAAGAAUCUGAACCUCACGGGGUCCUUAAUGGCCCAGGAGAGGGGGCCAAGUCCUUAGUCCUAGGUCCAGAAUUCAAAGAAACCAUCCAAGCAUCCAUCAAAGAGUUUGGCUUCAACAUGGUUGCCAGUGACAUGAUAUCACUAGACAGGACCAUCAGCGAUAUACGCCACGAAGAGUGCAAGUACUGGCAUUAUGAUGAAAGACUGCUGACCUCCAGCGUGGUGAUCGUCUUCCAUAAUGAAGGCUGGUCCACCCUGAUGAGAACCAUCCACAGCGUCAUCAAGAGGACUCCUCGGAGAUACCUGGCUGAGAUUGUCAUGAUAGAUGACUUCAGCAGCAAAGUCCAUCUGAAGGAACGUUUGGAAAUGUACAUCAAGCAGUGGAACGGUCUUGUAAAGCUCUACAGAAAUGAGAAGAGAGAAGGUCUUAUCCAGGCACGAAGUAUCGGAGCCAAGAAAGCCGAUAAGGGACAGGUGCUAAUCUACCUGGAUGCUCACUGUGAAGUUGGAGUCAACUGGUAUGCUCCACUGGUUGCUCCUAUUUCCGAGGACAGGACAGUAUGUACAGUACCACUCAUAGACUAUAUAGACGGUAAUACGUAUAGCAUGGAGCCCCAACAAGGUGGAGAUGAGGACGGCCUGGCUCGAGGAGCAUGGGACUGGAGUCUGCUCUGGAAGAGAGUCCCGCUAAGCUCGAGAGAGAAGGCGGAAAGAAAACAUACCACCGAGCCCUAUAGGUCUCCCGCCAUGGCAGGGGGUCUCUUUGCUAUAGAACGUGACUUUUUCUUUGAGCUCGGCCUAUACGAUCCCGGAUUGCAGAUAUGGGGAGGAGAAAAUUUUGAAAUCUCAUACAAGAUUUGGCAGUGUGGCGGCAAACUGCUCUUUGUUCCGUGCUCUCGUGUUGGUCAUAUAUACAGACUUCAAGGGUGGCAAGGCAAUCCUCCACCUGCACACGUUGGUUCCUCACCUACGCUGAAGAAUUACGUCCGUGUGGUGGAGGUAUGGUGGGACGAAUACAAGGACUACUUCUACGCCAGUCGCCCUGAAACUCUAACCCUCGCCUAUGGAGACAUCAGCCCGCUGAAACGCUUCAGGGAAGAACAUCGAUGCAAGAGCUUCAAAUGGUUCAUGGAGGAAAUAGCUUAUGACAUACCACAACACUAUCCCCUCCCUCCAAAAAAUGUGGAAUGGGGAGAGAUUCGGGGCUUGGACACAACUUACUGUAUUGACAGUAUGGGACACACAAACGGAGGAAAUGUGGAAACUGGGCCGUGUCACAGAAUGGGUGGCAAUCAGUUGUUCCGCAUCAACGAGGCCAACCAGCUGAUGCAGUACGACCAGUGUCUGACCAAAGGAGCUGACAAUUCGGCCGUCAUCAUCACACACUGUGACAACAAGCAGUACGCCGAGUGGAAGUAUUACAAGGAUCUCCAUCGCUUCACUCAUGUAGCAACAGGCAAAUGUUUGGAUCGCUCAGACCUCCUUCACAAGGUGUUUAUAUCCGACUGUGACACCAGUAAAACCACUCAGAGGUGGGAAAUGAACAACAUUGUGGCUGUAUGAAGACCAGUUUACUAUGGUACUACUUGACAUGGAUUCACUUGAAGUAUCUGCAAACCUUUGGGUGUAUUGGAGUAUCGGGCAUUUUUAAUGUCAAUCAAUGACACAAAUCAACAAUAGCUACACAAUUAUGCCGUCAAAAUACAUAACGGUGGUCAUUACAGAUACGAAACUGACUACUUUGUCAGGAAACAAUCUUUGUUGCACUUGAUGAGAAUUGCCUUGAAUUUGAGGAGAUAUUUAGACAGGCUGCUUGCAAAAUAGGAUGCUGGGUUUUGUCUCGGAAUGUUGACCGUUUAUGCAAAGAGGAGCUCCAAAGCUUUAAAGUGAUUACUGACGAGGAGGGCAGAGGGAUGUACAGCGCAUUUUGUGGCACCGUGUUGUUCGAAUGACGUCAUAAGUUUGUCAGACAAUUGCUAUUCGUAUCAAAAAAAAAAAAAAAAAAAAUACCCGUAAAGUGGCGUUUGGAUUGUGUACAUAAUUGUAUACAUAAUCGAUGACACCAAAAUCGGGUUGAAACGUUAGAAUAUUGUGUUUAUUUUAUUGUCUCACUGCUCUGCUCACACUGUGCGUGUGUGCGGCAGCGUGCUCUGCACACGUAUGCACUGAUGGCCUGUUGGUAUGCAUGAACAAACCUCCAAGACCCCCAUUAUAAAAUGAACCCCAUCUUUUUCCGAUAGUUUUUUAGGGGGGGAAUAAUAUUGGGGUCAAAGCUGUAAGUCGAUGCCACAAUACUUGGUGUAUAGUGUAUCAUUUUUUUGUUGUUGUUGUUGUCGUUGUUGUCGUAUGUGUGACAAAUACCAAAAAUAGUCAUCCAUUUUUCAGUGCUAGUCACCUGUUCCUAUCCUAUAUUUAUGUUAAGUGUGAAAGCAAUUCAGCAACAAAAAUUAAAGAUAUAUUUUUUUAAAAAUAUGUUGCGAGACUAACACUACGUUCAUUUAUAAAAUAUUACGUGGGGAACUCAAAUUGAGAUGAAUAACUUUCUCACAAAUAUCAGCAGUUCAAGGUGCCAUUGGAUGUAAAAAAAAAAGGUAACUCAUAUAUUAAUAUAUUUGUGCGUAUGUGCAAAUUGAAAGGAGUACAUAUUUUAGAUUGGGGCGGCAAAUUAUACCAUCAAAAAAUGCUUUUUUUUAUGUGUGCAUGCGUGCUAGAAGUUUUCAGGGUGAAUUGGGUAUGGGAUACAGUCAAAUAUGAGAUGAAAAUGAAUGAUAGACUUUCCGACAUGAAUCAAAAUGCUUUGUGUUAACAUCCUUAAAUUGUAUUGUAAAUAUGUAAUUUAUGAGAGCAGAUGAAAUUAAAGACCUGAUUUGUUUUGCUUUUUCAACCUGUCCUGUCUGCCAAGUCAUAUUGUUACAGCUGACAACGGGCCGUUUAGUCCUACACUACAGCGUCUUAACAAUAAUACUGAUAAUACUUCACCCCGCCAAGGACCCCAGGAAGGAGACCCGCCUCCCGCCCUCGCCUACGUGAGUUGUGCUUAUUUUUACUCGCAGUUCCUAUAUGCGCUGUAAAUUAACCAUUGUGUGUUUUCUGGCUGCAUCGUGGCGUAACACAAUUUGUCAACUACAGCUCUAUAAUAGCAUGCAUUCUUUAAUAAACACAAUAUUUGCAAAAGAAGUACAUGACAUGCUAAGUAUAACAAUGAGUAUUGGCUCACAGACCAAUAAAUUGACCGUGUGGCAGCUCUAUAGUAAAAAAAAAAAAAAAAAAAAAGUCCUAAAACACACAUAUGGAGUAUACAUAAACAUCACACAUUUAUACAACAAAGGCAAAUAAACAAGCACAUAUGAUUAGUAAUGCUACAACAAACAUACAGUACAAUAAACCCAUAAGCGGACAUGAUGGUAACAUACUCUAUGUGUCACAGAUCCACAGUUGAUGACCACUGACUAUUUACAAAGUGAGUCGGCACUUUUACAUUUGCUAACAAGGUCAUGCAGGGGUGAGCAAACUGCGGCCCGGGGGCCACAUCAGGCUAACCGUGCGUCUUAAUAUGGCUUAUUGGGCAUUUCUAAAUUCCUUUUUUUUUUUUUAAAUGGAAAGAAUGUUAACACAGAAAAGUGUAGCCGUGUAGGCAACAUGACAUUCCGUGUUAUUGUGGCCGGCUUGAGUCAGACACAACACGGCAACACACACCACGCGUCAAAGUCACCGACCGACUGUAGCAUGUGGGCAUACAAGGAAAUAGCUAUAUCGAUAACCAUUCCAAGAAAACAUCCGUAAAUUCCUGCCGCAAGGCAUGCCGGGUAGCUUGUCAUUUUUCUCCCAACAUUUUUCCCAGUUUGUCGUGUUUUUGCUAGACGGCAAAAUAUGUUGAUGAGGGGAGACAUCUGAGAAGUAAACAAGUUAACAUUCUUUUUAUGCAGCGUUUUAUUGUUCAUAGUUCAUAUUGUUGUUGCGGCUGGACUACCCAGCAUGCAUUGCAGGCAUUUGGAAAUAACACUUUUCAGUUACAUGCUGUGUUUAGCGCUUAGUUGUUAAUGUAUGUAUGUGAUGUGUUGACUUGCUGUGUUCUACUUGAUGCCAGCCGACAUAUAGACUGGUCCGCCCCCAAAUAUUUGAACCCAAUUCAUUCGUUUUGUUACAUUUGUUCACUUCCUGCUUUCCAAUUAUUAUUAUUAUUAUUAUUUUUUUUUUUUUUUUUGAAACUCAAUGAAAACUUUAAUUGGAGAAUGUGUGAUUUUUUUUGUGUGUGUGUUUUCCUCAAAUGCAACCCAACGGUUGGGCGUCACAGCACAACCUGUUGCCAUGGCUACCAAAUGCACUGCCUCGCGUCAUGUUUUUUAUCAAAUACCGGUGCCUGUGUGGACGUCGCUUUAGUUUCAUGUUCCUCGUUGUCUUCUUCAGCUCUCUCCAAAGUUCUCCCUUGUCUCUCCAUCUUGGAACAACACUUUUUUUUUUUUUUUCAAUGACACCAUGAAAAAAAUGAAUGUAGGAUGAAGAAUGUUUGAAUAUGAAAAUGCAAAUGUCAAUGAAAGACUUACAUUUUGAGUGGUCACUGUAACCGUGGACUCAUUAGUAUUGUCUUUCAGCAUAUUGAGAUAUACGUACUCUUGGAUAUGACAUUGAUUUGCUCCGUCAGAAAUAACACGCAACUAAGAUGUUUCAUUGAGAUAGCAUGUUUUCACCUACAUUUGAUUGUUUUUAGCAUCUUUACCGUAGAAAAUGCGUCCAAGUGAGGUGAUGUGAUGGAUCAGCCCCGCUCGGGGGUGAUGAGGGCACUCGGAGUAGAUGAAGCAGAUCGAAUGAAAGGCUGCACACAAGAGGACACAGGAUUAAGUAUUCACUAUUGUUGAUUCUUUACGCGAUACACAAUGCCAAAUGACGCCUCUCCAAGAAGGUACAGUUCAUUUUAUUUUCAAUGUAGCACCCAGUAAUUCUAAUUCUAAUAAAAAGGAAUUCUACCGUUCCUGUAGAAAUAUAUUACAUAUUCAUUAUGUUAUAAUAUAUUAGUUCUCACACUAUGACAACACAUACCACACUAAAGUAAAACAUUAUAAUAAGACACUAUUAUAAUAUAAUAUAACCGGGGCAUCAAUGUGAAACAAAACAAAGUUGUAAUUGAUGGAAAAUUUGGCAAAAAUGUAAUUAUUAUAGGAAUAAAGCCAAAAUAUUACAGAAAAAGAAUUUACAUUUUGGGUUUAAAGAAAAAUUAACAUAUUUGAAAAACUAAAAAAACAACAAAAUGAAAAAGACUCUACUUGAUACUAAUAAUACGCCUUUUCACCUGGGUGAAUUUUUCUUGAAAUAUAUAUUACUUCUUAGCAUAUCUACACAUGUUGCUUCAUAAAAUAUCAAAGCGGCCCUAGCAUCAUUGGACACCAACACAUUAUAGUAACACACAAUAAUAAGAUUGUAAUAUAAUAAUAGUAUGUAAGCCUAAAAGAUGUCUUACAGUAUACAAGCCAAAGGUGCGUUUGUGUCUGUAGAGAAGGAUGCAGAGAGUAGAACAAACUGCAGUCUGGGCCAGGGUGAACACUAACAGCGAGGACUUCAGUCCUCUGGCCAGUGUCUGUAAAAAAAAGACAUUCUGUAUUUGAAAGCACAACCCGCAUCAACUUCAAAAUAAUCAUGUACAGUAUAAAGGCCAUGGAGUUUACUAUGGGAUGUUUUGGUUGUCAUGCUAAACACCAUGUGAUGAUUCAGCUCCUUGCUAAAAUAUUAUUCAUUCAUUCAUUUUCUACCGCUUAUCCUCACGAGGGUCACAGGGGGUGCUGGAGCCUAUCUCGACUGUCUUUGGGCGAGAGGCGGGGUCCACCCUGGACUGGUGGCCAGCCAAUCACAGGGCACAUAUAGACAAACAACCAUUCACACUCACAUUCAUACCUAUGGACAAUUUGGAGUCGCAUGUUUUGUUUUUGUUUUUUUACUUCUAAGGGCCAGUGGCGUCAUUAGGCCUAUUUUAAAAUGUUCUUAAGCCCCCCUAAAUAAUUUGAUAUUUUUUAUUGAUUUUUUUUCUUUUUGUUAUUUAUUUAUUUAUU